AUGAAUGACGAUAUUCCUAAAGGCUGCCUAUGUUAUACAAAGAAAGUAAAGGGAGAAAUUCCGAAAACCUUUAAAAAAGCAAAUAAAAUUUUAAGUAAAUACAAAAAUAACAACUUGAAUAUUUUAGACGAUGAUAUUUUAGACGUAAUCAUUAGACUGUACGUAGCUGAAAACAAAUCAAAUGCUAUUGCAAUGCUUCAAAGAUGCCGUAUAAAUCCUAACUUUGGAACGAAUUUAUUAAGAAAAGAUCUUGAAUACUUCAUACCACAAAUAGUGAACUUUAUGGUUUUUCAUCAACAUUUAAGUGAUGAUAACCUAAUCUAAUUUGUAUUGAGAGCAUCAUCUCUUGAUUUCUUUUUUGCACAUUAGGUGUUCUUCUAACUGAAAAGCAUGUCUUAAAUUAUAACUCAGAAUGAACCAGUGACAUUUACAAUAGUAAAAAGAUUUACAGAUAACUUUUUCCUCAAGAUGUCUCAGAACUAUGCUGGAAAUUUAUUAAUAGCAUCUCACAUUUUACAAAUAGAUUUCGAAGAGAUAAACUUUAAUAAAAAUAAUCUAAAUACUUCAGUUGAAACUAGUUCUCCAACUAAAUCAUCUCUUUAACAAGUUUAUUAAGGAGGACUUAGAGUUGAAUCUAUGAAAUUCAAUAAUAAUAUAUCCACUUAUGGAACCAAAGACUGGAAUAAUAAUGAUAAUUAAAAAAGUGUUGAAACUGCUAUUUUAUAAAGCUAUAAAGAAAUUCAUCUUCAAGAUUAUAAUUCAAUUUUUGGAAAAAGAUAAAAUAAUUUUGAUACUGCUUUUUUCUCUAACAUUUCAUUUUGGGAUGAUAUAAUGAGAAUAUGCGAUGAUUUAUCAAAGCAUAAGAAAAAAACUGAGUUCUUGCAUUCUUGUUUACAGAAAAUGAAUGAAAAUUUGCCUGCUGCAGUUUAUGUGCCUUUUGUUGGAAAUUCAAUUAGAAACCAUGCUGUCCUUAAAGUAGUUUAUAAAGAAAGCAGAGUGUUUUCUACCAAAAUGAGAAGCCCUUUUAGUUUAGUCCUAGAACUAUAUAGACCAGAAAUAGAAGAGAAAGCCAACUCAUAGAUUGUUGAAGAGUAAAUAUCAUUUCCAAUUACUGCAAAUUCUAAUAUUAAAAAAAAACCUUAGGAAAGAACUUAAAGCCAUUUAUUAUAAGAAGACCUUAAAUUAGAUGAAAUUUAAAGGAAAUAUUCAUCAGUUGAUAUAUAAAAAUCAAUUUAAAACGAAUUUAUGUAAUUGAAAUUCAAUUAAUCAAAAUUGCCUAUUGAUUAGAAACAACUGAAUGGAACUUCUUAAUUUUAUUGUUUAAAUGAUGAGUCCCUAACUAGUGAUGUUGAACAAUAGGAUUAAAACGAAUUACCAAAAUAUUCCACUACAUACUCAUUAUAAGAGAAUGUCUAAGCAUUUAGUAUUGAAGGAAAUUCAAAUAUCCCGUAAGUUGAAAAGGAAGAAAAGGAUGUAUUGCUUAUAAGCAAAAUGCAUAGAAACAGUUUUCUUUAAGCUGAAAAAGGCAUAACACUUAAUAGGGAUGAAUAUAAUGAAUUAAAAAGGACUAUAUUUGGGGAAAGUUCAUAGUAAUAGGAGGAUAGAAUAAAGUCUUAGUCAAUAUUUUAAGGUUUAAAAUCUUGGAGAUUAGCACAUCUAAUUGUAAAAACAGGAGAUAAUUUAAAGUAAGAACAAUUUGCUUUACAACUGAUAUCUCAAUUUGAUUAGAUAUUUAAAAAAUCAGGGCUCCCUCUGAAAUUGAGAUGUUACGAAGUCUUAUCUUUGGGACCAGAUUGUGGAAUUAUUGAGAUGAUAAAGAAUGCAACAACCAUUGAUAGUUUAUAAAAGAAUUUGAGGAAAAAAUACCAGUAGUUCAUUAAUUUCUCGGAUUUUUUUAGAAGCUUCUUUCGAAAUAAUAUAGAUUAGGCAUUGCAAAAUUAUGUUUAAUCUUUAGUGGCAUAUGGGUUAGUUUGUUAUUUCUUACAAGUUAAAGAUAGACAUAAUGGAAAUAUAUUAUUAGAUAGUGAAGGACAUUUGAUUCAUAUUGACUUUGGAUUCUUUUUAUCAAAUGCACCUGGAAAAGGAAUGGAAUUUGAAGGAAAAGUCCCAUUUAAGUUGUUGUCUGACUACAUCUAAGUUUUGGGUGGGGCUAAAGGAGUUUUGUUUAAAGAAAAUUUUAGGAAAUUGUUUUAUAAAGGAUUCAAGGCAUGUUAAUAACACUAAAAAGAAAUAUUGCUUCUUGUAGAAAUGAUGUACACAGGCCAUGGUACUACAUUACCCUGUUUUUAAAAAGGGGAAUAAGCCUUAAAAGAACUUUAUGCAAGAUUUAAUCCCAGGGUAAAGUCUGAUGCAGAACUUUUUGUCCACGUUUAAGAAUUAAUUAAUCAUUCACUUGAUAAUUGGAGAGCAAGAUGGUAUGACAAAUUCCAGUACUUUGCAUAAGGAGUAUUUUAUUGA